AUUAAUGUAAAACUCUUCAUAAUGGAAACACGCUAUUGUUGUUACCUCUUGUUUUCUUUUGUUUUACACAUUGUCAGCUCUAUCCCGUCGUCAGAAUUUUAUCCCUUUGGAUCGUCCGUGAAUGACCAUUCUUUUCCAAAGAAUGAUGACGGAAGCUCGCCAAUGGUCAAUAUCAGUACUUUUUUCCCGUUUUUCAACAGCCAGCACGACUCAUUAUUUGUUAAUACAAAUGGCGCCAUAUCUUUUCAAAAAACACUAAGCCAGUUCACGCCGGAUCCUUUUCCACUCCAAGAUCACCGCAGUAUUGUGGCCCCCUUUUGGGCAGACGUGGACAUACGAAAUGGUGGUACAGUGUGGUAUCGGGAAACUACUGAUCCCGCCAUCCUACAGCGGGCGACGGACGAAAUCCGCCUCUACUAUCCAGACCAGUCGGAGUUCCAUGCCAGCUGGGUGUUUGUAUCUACAUGGGACAAUGUAGCUUUCUACGGAGCGUCGACAAUUGGCAAAACCAAGAGAAACACGUUUCAGUGUGUACUCAUUACAAAUGGCCGUCACUCUUUCACAGUGUUUAACUACGCUGAUGUCACGUGGACCACGGGGACUGCCAGUAAUGGUAACGCUGACACAGGACUUGGAGGAACACCGGCCCAG